AUGCUUGAUGCUCCUUUGGCUCCCAAAGCGACGACGAAUGAGGAAGGUGGACAUGAAAAUGACGAAGAUGCUGUCUUAAGGCUGCUCCUCAAGGAGGAAGAUGGUGAUGGCAGUGAUGAGGAGACAUGUGAUGCUACGGUCGAGCCGCAGGAGGCUCACCAAGACGAAAGCCUCAACGCCAUCGAAGUGUGGUUUCGAGACAAUGUUCACCGCGGGCACGAACUUUUGGGCUUACUUGCACUGGUUGACUUUCACGAGUCCGAUCCUGCCAACUGCAAGGUCGGCCGUGAAAUCUGCCGUAAUCUUCGAAGAAAAGUCGAAGUGGCUGAGCAGUCAAUGGGGUGCGAUUGGGAGAAGACCGUUGGCCCGCUGGCUCGAGCCGUCUCUGCGCACCUGGCAGAUGCAGGCGAGAAUUUGGAGGAUGUCCUGGAGAGGUUUCAAGACCAUGCGAAGGAGAUCGAACCUAAGCCUAACUUCGACGACCUGAUGCUCGACAACGCGGAGUACAUCGACCGAUUCAGACCCUCGGGGAAGCACAGCAUCUACAGCACUGGCGUUGAACGCAUUCCUAGCCUCACGCCUGACACGUCAGAGCUCUUUCUGCCAGACUGCCCAAAGACAUUCCGCAGCUCCAACUGCCGUCCUCACCUCUCCCCUCCGAUCGCGGCAAGAACACCCAACAAAGCCGAGCAAAGCCAAGGCCUCCUCGACCUCAUCAACGCAUCGACCGUGUCCCGGGGCCUGCAAGCCAUCUACACGCCAGGAAGUAGCUCUCAGAAAGAUAACAUGGGUAGUUCACGCAUGUUCUCGGAGCCCAAAAAGGUGCGUUGGGAUAUCGAAAAGGAGACUGACGCCGAAAGUGGAAAGGACUUGUCCGGAGACAGAAGCGAAGCGAGUGAUGAAGACGACAGCGACGAGGAGUCCGAUCAAGAAUCGGAGAGCGAUGGCGACGAGUACAGCGACGAGGACGACAACGGAGAGGACACAGAAGACGAUCAUGGAUGCACUAACGUCCGCGUCAACCAAAGGCAGAUGCAUUUUCUGAAAGACAUCCUGGAGGACCACGGUCAACAAGAGGGACCCGACUCGUGUUGCUCCGGAGAGCACGAAGAUCUGGAACACGAUCUCGACAUGUGUGAGGCUCUCGCAGACGAAAUGGCGGGGGAAAUGAUGAUUGCCAGAGUCGCUUACGACAUUGCUAAACACUUUAACGAGUUCGGUUUUAGUCCAAGGAAGACCCUCAAGAGGUACAUCACGUCCGGAAAGAACUGUGAAUGGAACCCCUGGGGUAAGGAGGAGUUGGUUGCUGCUGGAAAGUUGAAGCCUUGGUUUAGAGAGAGAGCCUGGUACUCGGACAAACACUGA